AUUUAUUUUCUCAAAAAUUUUAAGUAUCAAUUACCAAAUCAUCUGAAGUUUCUCUAUCGUGAAAUCCAAAUUAAUAAGUGCUGUAUCGUGUAUUAAUGGAUAAUGAAUUUCCAAUUUUAUCAGAAGAUGCAGAAAUCAGCAGUGAUGAAGAAUCAGGAGCUCCAGCACAUCCAUGCAUAAGUCGUGAAGCUAUGCUUAAGAUGUUUGAAAUGCAACGAAAUAAUCAGUUGUGUGAUGGAGUUAUUCACUGUCUUUCUGAUGAUACAUACUUUAAUGUCCAUCGAACCAUUUUGUGUGGAUGUAGUUCGUAUUUUAACUCAAUGUUUAAAACACCUUUGCAUCAAAACGAAAAUACAUUUGAUAUCAUCGAAGUUCCAUCUAAUUUCAUCGAGUGGAUCAUCAAGUUCGCUUAUUUACGAGACACAUCAUUCAUCGAUGAGACAAAUGCGAGUAGGAUUUAUGUGAAUGCUGACUAUUUUGGUGUUGUUGGUCUCAUGAACGCAUGCAUAAAUUUCAUCAUUAAGAUACUCUCGCCGGUAAACUGUAUUGGCUAUUGGAUUAUGUCAAGAAAUUACAGCAUAAAUCGAUUAUUAGAGAAGUCAUGGAAUUAUAUACAAGUGAAUUUUGUUAGUAUUGCAUGCGUCAGCGAGGAGCUUCUAAAGUUGAAUGUUGAUGACUUUUUUGCAGUCAUCAGUGACGAACUUUUGAAUGCUAAGGAUGAGCAUGUUGUGUGGGAGGCUGCAAUUCGAUGGAUUGACUUCGAUCCCGAGAGUCGAGCUCAGCAUCUGAAAAAAUUGAUGCACGGCGUACGAUUAGGACUCUUAUCCAAUAGAUACUUUAUGGAAAAUGUCAAGGCAAACAAAUACGUUGAGAAUAACGAGGAAGUUCGUCCGAUUGUUUUGGAAGCAAUGAAAUUUCUGUGUGAUCUACAAAGUCUAUCAGUUGCAAGUACUGAAUUUAUCACACCUUCUUUGGCAGUUCCACGCAUUCCACAUGACAUUAUAUUUGCAAUUGGGGGAUGGAGUAAUGGUGCAGCGCAAAGUGGCAUAGAAACAUAUGAUACAAGAGCUGAUCGAUGGAUUAGAGUUCCUCCAAUAUAUGAAGAUCCAAAGGGUCCUAGAAGCUAUCAUGGAACUGCAGUUGUUGGAAAUAAAUUUUAUAUAAUCGGUGGAUUUAAUGGAACUCAUCAAUUUAACACAUGCACUGAAUUUGAUCCAGUCAAGAAAUCAUGGAGAGAAAUAGCACCAAUGCACAAUCGUCGAUGUUAUGUAUCUGUUACUGUCCUUGGUAAAUUUGUGUAUGCUUUGGGUGGAUAUAAUGGAGAAAUCAGGCUAAAUACAGUCGAGCGAUACUGCUUAAGGACCAAUCAAUGGAGUUAUGUAGCACCGAUGCAUCAUCGUCGAUCUGAUGCCAGUGCAUGCACAAUAAAUGGCAAAAUUUACAUGACUGGUGGAUUUAAUGGGCGUGAGUGUCUUAAUACUGCAGAAUACUAUGAUCCUGAAACUAACACUUGGACAUUAUUACCUCCAAUGUUUACUCGUCGUUCUGGUGUCUCUUGUGUCGUAUUAAGGAACUUCAUUUACGUCAUUGGAGGUUUUGAUGGCUCAUCAAGAUUAAGUACAGGUGAAAGAUACGAUUUAUCAACAAAUACUUGGUCACCAAUUCGCGAAAUGAACAGUCCACGCAGCAAUUUUGGACUUGAAGUAAUCGACGACUUAAUAAUGGCUGUUGGCGGAUUCAACGGUGUAGUCACUAUUUCAAAUUGUGAAUGCUAUGUACCUGAAAGUGAUGAAUGGCUAGAAGCAACAGACAUGAAAAUGGUUCGAUCAGCACUAACGGCAAAUAUUGUUUAUGGACUUCCAAAUCUCCGGGAUUAUAUCCAUCAAAAUCGUCAUCAAUUAAUUGAAGAGAAACGGAUCAGAAUGAUUGAAAAUAAUGCAUCCUCAAAUAUAAGCUUCAGCUUUGAUUCUAUCAGCAGUAAUAUCACUGCAUCAGUUGAAUCUAUUCCAUUAGAAGCUGAUCCUGUUGAGGAAGAGUCUGAAAAUGAAAAUGAUGGUUUUGAUGAGGCUGAAUAAAAUUUAUAUUUUUCUAUUUUUGGAUAUAACUUUAUUGUUUUAUUGCAGUUUAGUGUCAAUGCCUUGAUAAAUACUUUUUUAAGAACUUUCAUUUAAUACAGCUUCGUCCCUCUUCAAUGCUAUUUCCAUUGCAAGUUUGCCUGAUAAAAUGCCAUGUUUCUCCAUCACAUUCCACAAGCUUGCCAUAAAUGCAAAAAAGAUUGUCAUGCCAACAAUUAAGAAUUUAACGAUGAAGUAAAUCGUCUUAAAGCCAUAGGCAGGGCUUAUUUCUAGUAUAUUUAUGAGAAUUACUACUAGUCCAAUUGCCAUCAUAGAAUAACUUCGACGAUGAGAUUCUAAUGCCUUUAAACUAUUCUUGCAUGUUGUUAUGCACUCUUUGAGAUUCUUGAUGUUGUCUGUUAAUGCUGUUCUGUCAAGUUCUCUUGAUGAUCUUUUUUCUUUUUUUCGGAAUGAGAUUCUCGUGUGAACAGCCUCAUGAUCAGAAUAGCUAAUAUUAUGUUCUGGAAUCAUGUCAAGUAAUGGAAGAUUGUAUUCUUCAACUUCACAGUCAUAGUCACUUCCACUUCUGUAUAACACAUAAUCAAUACGAAUUCCAUCUUUGCCAUUGACUACUUCCUUUGGUGUGUAUGUAUUAUUUUUAUAUUCAUGUGUAGCAAAGAAGCUUGAUCGCUUUUGUUCAUAUGCAUCCUUCAUUCCGGCUGUCGAAAGCAAUACACGAUAAGCUAAAUCUUGUGGUUCUGUAUUUAAGUCUCCAGCAAGUAUCUGAAGACUGCAUUCACCGCGAGUUGUCUCAAGAAAUUGAGCAGUAUCAAAAGCUUGUAUAAUACGAUGAGUCAUGUAGUCAUCACAUUUCUUUGAAUAUUCAGCAUGUAGAUGAGAUAUAUAGAAAUUUAUGAUUUGAUCUUGAACCUUAAUUUUGCACAUUCCAACGCCUUUUCCUCCAAACCAAUCACCAUGCUGUAUUUUGUGAACAUAUCCAUUAACUGCCCAGUGAUGAAAGAAUGCUGAUAAAAUUUGAUGUUUUGAGAAAAUGCAUAAGCCACUUCCAACCACUCCAGAAUAAAAGUAAUGAGAAAAUGGAAAUCUUUCAGCGACUCUAUUUCUUAUCUUGUUAUAGUCAUACUCGCUCCAGACUUCUUGUAAUGAGAUUAUGUCAUAAUCACUAUUUGCGAAAUGAUCAGAAAUGGCAUGAACUCGAAUGUCCUUAAGAUAGAAAGGAAAUAUAAAUUAUUAUUGAUAUGAUAUGAACCGAUGACUAAUGGGUCAUGUAUUUGCAUUUGGGGGGGGGGGGGUCAAUCUCAUUCAUGGAUAAAUUCUGAACCAUCUGCUGACCCACCUUACACUCCAAACCUUUAUUAAUAUGCACAAGACUUUCUAAAGAAUCUUAGUUCCAACAAUUGUCGGUAUAGAAAAAUCGAUAAUAUUGGAAAAAUUAAAAUUACCUUAUCUUUGGAUAUGAAUGGGAUCCCCCAAAUGUUUAAUGUCAAUAUUGAUAGUGUCAAAACCAUUUUAUGCAAUAAUGUCAAUUAAACCAGGUGAAAUAAAUGAUUUAAAAAAUAAAACAUUUAAAAUAAAAAAUUUUUCAACAA